AAUAUCUGUAUCUGUAUGAUAUCUUAUCGAUACACUAUCUGUAAGUAUUAUAAGUAAUCUUAAUUCUUAUCGAUAUCUGUAAGCUUAUCCACUCCAUCCAAUGGUGCCCAGUACUGACGCCGCGAUUCCCCGUUGAACUCAUGCGAGGGUACUUCUCCGGUUUGUUGUUGGAUUGAGUGCUAGUCGCUGUCGCCUGAAGUGGCGUGUUUCGCAGCCAUGGAAGCUGUCGAAGCAGCAGCUGACACUGACAGUUCGCCAGAUGCCUGCUCCAGCUACAUUGUGCCGUCCAGUUACGCCGAGCCGAUCGCCAGCGCCGAGCUCUUCAUCCAGCACGGGAAACCCGUGCUCCUCUGCGGACCGACGGGCGGCGGCAAAUCCGCGCUCCUGCACCACCUGGCCGUCCGCCACGGCCGCAGACUAAGCAGGGAUGUGGUGACGAUCCAGCUGUGCAAGGACGCCGAUGGCCGCGCGCUGCUGGGUUCCUAUCAUUGCACGGAGAUCGGAGGGGAAUUCAAAUGGGUUCCGGGGAUUUUAGCCCGAGUUGUAAUGAAUUCGUGCUGGGUGAUUCUCGACGAUUUGGACAGCGCGCCGAUGGACGUCGUCUCGGUCUUACUGCCGCUCAUCCAGACCGGCACCCUGAAUAUCCCGGAGAUCGGUUCCACGAUACAAGCAGGCGAUGGAUUUCGAAUAUUCGCCACUUUACGGACGCACGAUCCGUCCAUCCAGCAGUCACACGUCGAUCCGACCUUGUUCAGCCAUUUCAAGCGGAUUUAUUUGGAGAAGCUUCCCUCCGAUGGAAUUUUAAUGAUCAGUCGCCGGUUGUUUCCGUCGCCGUCCAUGCAGACGUUUCUCCCGGAACUGCUGCGCAUCUUCAGCACGGUGACGAAUGCCGCGGAAAUCGCUGAUAUGGAUGCGCGCCGCUGUGUUGCUCAUCGCCUGAUCUCGCUCAGAGAUUUCUUGAAAUCCUGUCGACGAAUCUCCUCCUAUUUAUCGUCCAAUUCCCGCGCCGAAGCGGAAAUUCUUCUGCAGGACGUCUGUGAUUGUUUCGUGGCCUUUAUUCCGGGAAAAGAGGCGCGUCUGGCCUUGGCGCGGCAGUUGGGUGUCUUUCUGGGAUUACCGACCAGUGAUGUGGACUACAAUCUCGGCAAGCGGCAGCCGGUGGUGGUUGACAGCAGCGCAGUUGAUUUUCGUGUCGGACGAGUUUCUCUUGCGAAGGCUGCUUUAAAUGAGGAACAGUCGAGCGCGGAAACAGUGUUUCUCCAUAGUCGACCGGUCUUCUCGCUGCAUCCGUCGGCGUGCCGUUUGCUGGAGAGUUUGUGCAUGGGUGUGGCGCACAACGAGGCCAUGCUGCUGGUCGGGGAGACGGGGACCGGCAAGACCACCUGCGUGCAGUAUCUCGCGGAAAAGCUCGGCCGGAAGUUGCACGUGAUUAAUUUGAGCCAGCAGGCGGAACUGACGGAUCUCCUGGGCGGGUACAAACCCAUGGAAAUGGGGCGUGUCUUUGCCGAGCUGCAUGCCGUAUUUUUGGAUCUCUUCACGCGAACGUUUUCCCUCCAGCAGAACGCGGUUUUCAUCGAGAGAGCCCAGAAAGCUUUCCUACAGAAGGACUGGACUUUGCUGGCCACAGCGAUGCGGCAUAUCGUCAGUAGUUUUUUCAAACGGAAGAACACCGAUGACAAGCUGGUUGGUUUAUAGGAUUUUGCUGACAAAUUGUCCAUUGUGGAACGGCAGUUGGCCGUGGCGAAGAAGAGUCUCCUCUUUACAUUCUUAGAGGGAACGCUGGUGACGAGUUACCGCAGCGGCGACUGGGUGCUGCUGGAUGAAAUCAACCUGGCCACGCCGGAACUGCUGGCCAGUCUCAGCCAUUUUAUCGACAACACGCAGACGUCUUUCCUCCUCACGGAUCGCGGGGAUGACACGCCCAUCCCUCGGCAUCCCGACUUCCGCCUGUUUGCCUGCAUGAACCCGGCCACGGAUCUGGGGAAGCGCGAUCUGCCGGCGGCCGUCCGCAGUCGCUUCACGGAGAUUUACUGCGGCGAUCUGUCGGAUCGCGGGGAAGUCCGGCAGAUCGUCGUGGCGUAUCUGCAGCCGUUGGCGUUGAACGUUGAGCUGCUGGAGAAGGUGGUGGAGCUGUUUUUUAUCCUGAAGACGCUGGCCGAAACCAAGAUGGUCGACGGCGUCAGCCACAAACCCCACUACAGUCUGCGAACGUUUACGCAAGCCCUGAAGUUCGCCGUGAAGAAUCCGAUGGGAAAAGUGGUUCGAUCGUUAUAUGAAGGAUUUUGUCUGAGUUACCUGACGCAGUUGAGCCGCGAAUCGCAGAGCCUAAUGAAGAAAACCAUCGCCGAGCAUUUGUUCGGUGAAGCGGGAUUGAAACACCCGGAUUUAUCGCUGCGCGCGCCCCGCCCCACGGCGGGCCGCUAUGAGCAGAUCGAGGGAUACUGGAUUGCGUGCGGCCAGCUGAAGCCCGAGCUGGAUAAGCAAUACAUCCUCACCGAGACCGUCAAGAGCAAUCUGACGGAAGUGGCGCGCGCCGUCUCCGCUGGACAAGUGCCGGUGCUGCUGCAAGGCGAGACGUCCAUCGGGAAGACGAGCCUGAUCACGUGGCUGGCGCGGGCCACCGGCAACCGCUGCGUGCGCCUCAACAACCACGAGCACACCGACCUGCAGGACUACCUCGGCUCCUACCAGCCCAACGAGGACGGCAAACUGGUCUUCUGCGAAGGAAUUCUGGUGGACGCCGUGCGGAAAGGCUACUGGAUUAUUUUGGAUGAAUUGAAUCUGGCGCCGUCCGACGUUCUCGAAGCACUAAAUCGGUUGUUGGAUGCCAAUCGUGAGCUGUUCAUCACGGAGACGCAGCAAAUAAUCCGCGCGCAUCCGCACUUUAUGCUGUUUGCCACGCAGAAUCCGCCCGGCUAUUACGGUGGUCGCAAAGCGCUGUCGCGUGCCUUCCGUAACCGCUUCAUCGAGAUGCAUUUUGACGAAAUUCCGCGUGAAGAACUGGAGAAGAUCCUGCAGCAGCGCUGCGAUCUGCCGGAAGCCUAUGCCAAGAAGAUGAUUUCCGUAAUGGUCGACCUACAGGCGUUGCGGAAGAACAGUGGAAUUUUCGCGGGAAAGCAGGGCUUUAUUACACUGCGCGAUCUUUUCCGCUGGGCAGAACGCUACCGCACCGCGACGGCUCCCACGGAAAAUAAAUUCUACGAUUGGUCGCAACAUCUGGCUGAACACGGUUUUUUGUUACUGGCGGGGCGGGUGCGGCGCAGCGAUGAAGCGGACGUGGUGAAGAGUGUCGUGGAGAAGGAAUUUAAAGUCGGCAUUAAUUUGGAGCAGUUAUUCGGCUCAUUUGAUCACCAGCCCAGUUCCAUCACCAGUCAAGCGGUCGCGCAAAACUUUAAAAAUUCCCAUUCGGAGGAAUUGCGGCAUUUGGUGUGGACGUCCAACUGGCAGCGCUUGGUGGUGCUGGCCGGCACGGCGCUGCAGUACGGCGAGGCGGUCCUGCUCGUCGGCGACACCGGCUGCGGAAAAACCACGGUUUGCCAGUUAUACGCGGAACUUCAGCGACUACAGCUCCUUUCCGUCAACUGCCACAUGAACACGGAGACCGCCGACUUCCUGGGCGGUCUCCGUCCCGCCCGCCAUCCCGCCGCCUCCGGGAAACUCUUCGAGUGGAACGACGGCCCGUUGGUGGCCGCCAUGACACAGGGCGCCGUGUUCCUCUUGGACGAGAUCUCCCUGGCCGACGACGCGGUUCUGGAGCGUCUCAAUUCGGUCCUGGAGCCGGAGCGGAGCCUGGUGUUGACGGAGAAGGGCGCCGCCGCCGCCGCGGGCGGGCGGCUGGAUGUCAGCGAGGUGCGCGCGGUGGAAGGGUUCCGCCUGGUGGCCACCAUGAACCCCGGCGGGGAUUUCGGGAAGAAGGAACUGUCGCCGGCGCUGCGGAAUCGGUUCACCGAGAUCUGGUGUCGGAAUUUGAACGUUCCGGAUGAUUUGCGACUGGUCAUGGAGCAGAAUUUGUGGCCGGGUGCGGGAACAUUGCGCGGGGUUUUUAUUACGGCGAUUUGUGAAUUUAUCGAGUGGAUGGUGCAGCAAAAUAACAGGUUGUUGGUGAGCACGCGCGACGUGAUGAGCCUGAUAAAAUUCAUGAAUUCUUUCGUGUCCGCCCCGUCGGAGGGUUUGUGCCGGUCCUUGAGCGGGCAGCCGCAUCUGGCGUAUUAUCACGGAUGUCUCACCGUCUUCCACAGUCUACAUAGUGGAAUGGAUAGCGAAAGUAUUGCGCAGUUUAUUGGCGCGCAAUUCCACACUGAUCUCUUCGCUCUGUAUUUUGCUGGACUGGAAAUCGCGCUUCCGUUGGAUUUAUCUGGGGAAUUACUCGUCGAUAAAGACGAGUAUUUUGGCGUUGCGCCGUUCGUCGUCAAAAAGAACCCGAAUGCGGUGCGCGCUGUGCCGGUCAGUUACAGUUUCGAGGCGGACAGCGUGAAGAAGAAUUUAUUGCGGAUUAUUCGCGGGAUGGCUGUGACGAAGGGCGUCCUAUUGGAGGGAUCGCCCGGCAUCGGCAAGACCAGCAUCGUCACCGCCUUGGCGCGCGCCUGCGGCUACGACGUCGUCCGGAUUAAUUUGUCCGAGCAGACCGAUAUAUCGGAGUUAUUCGGCGCCGACAUGCCGGUCUGCUCCGACGCCAGCGAGGGCUUAUUCGCGUGGCGCGACGGCCCCUUCCUCCAGGGCCUCAAACGCGGCAGCUGGAUCCUUCUAGACGAACUCAACCUGGCCUCCCAGUCCGUCCUGGAGGGUCUCAACGCCUGUCUGGACCACCGCGGGACCGUCUUCAUCCCCGAACUGAACCGCACCUUCACCGUCGACACGACCACCACCCGCAUCUUCGCCUGCCAGAACCUGGCCCAGGGCGCCGGCCGCAAGGGCCUCCCGCAGUCCUUCUUGAAUCGCUUCACGCAGGUGCUGAUGGAGGCGUUGAGCGACGGGGAUUUGUUGGAGAUUUGUUGUCGGAUGUAUCCGGCCGUGGAAAAGGUCACGGUGGAGCGGAUGUUGGGGUUUAAUGCGGCGGUGGAGGCGGCGGUGGGGGCGGGGCGGUUGGGGGUGGAGGGGCGGCCGUGGGAGUUUAAUCUGCGCGAUGUCAUGCGCUGGUGUGAUUUGUUGUUGGAGCGAGAGGAAAAGGAUGAUGGUGGGAAUUAUCAGGCGGCGCUGGUGGAUUUGCUGUAUGCCGCUCGAUUCCGCACCACGCAGGAUCGACAACUGAUAUGGCAACUGGCGGAAGAGAUUCUGGGAAUAUCCGUAACCAGCGGGUCGGUGCCGGCGCGGCAGUUUCUGCGCUGCGAGAUCACGGAAUCAUCCCUCCAUCUGGGCGUCGUGUCGUUGGACCGGAAAACGUUUACCAUCGCGGACUCUGUCCUGGAUUUGCAGCUGCUGCAGUCGCAGUCGGCGCUGCUGGAGAAAUUGGCUUUCUGCAUUAAACACAACUUUGUCUCCCUUCUCGUGGGCGGAGCGGGUGUAGGCAAAGCGGCGGCGGUGCAUUUGCUGGCGGCGUUAUGUGGACAGCGAUUGGAGACGAUGUAUCUGAACAGCGCCCUGGACGCCACGGAAUUACUGGGCGGCUUCCAGCAGGUCAGCCAGGCGUCGGCCGCCUCCGCCGGGCGCUUCGAAUGGCGCGACAGUGUGGUGGUGCGGGCCAUCCGCGACGGCGGCUGGCUGCUCCUCGACGGCGCCAAUCUGUGCAGCGCGGCGGUUUUGGACCGGCUGAACUCGGUGCUGGAGCCCCACGGGGAGCUGCUGCUGUCGGAAUGCGGCACGGUGGGCGACGCGGUGCCCUGCAUCAAACCACAUCCCAACUUCCGGUUGUUCCUGGUGAUGGAUCGAAAGUACGGUGAAUUAUCCCGCGCGAUGCGUAAUCGCGUCAUCGAGAUCUUCGUCCCGGCGCUGCUGAAUCAGCGCGAUGAAGAAGCGCUGGCGGUGCAGCUGGGCGUACCGCUGAACGACAUCGGUGUCGUCUUAAAGGGCCUGCACCAUCAGAUCCCGUCGAAAGAUUUAUCCGUGGCGGCGUUGCGCGACGUGGUGGAAGAAACGAUGAUGCGACGGCGCAGUGGCGAACGACUGGACGCCGCCCUAUCCAAAGCCGUCUCCAGUGUGGUUGCAUCGCCACAUCCGCUCGCAAACGAUACGCAAGUGGCAUUGUUGGCGAAUGGCGAUCCGGCGCCGGUAUUGAUCCAUCCACCGUUUCCGGUCGUUGUCCGGGAUGUUGUGUCCCAUCCGGCGCAGACCAACACGCUGCGCCACCGACACGUUGUGGAAUUUAUUACCCGACAAUCGCACCGGAAAGACGCGCAGCCGAUUGUGUUGGCGACGUGCCUGGAGAUUUUCUUCCUCACCGCUUCAUCAACGGAAGCGCGUCUAAGAAAAAUCAGCGCGGAGGAAUUUUUAUCCACCAGCGGUGUGCUGUUUCCGAUGCAGCAAAUGGAGAUGGAAAAUUGGCCGGAGCGACCGGAAGCCCGUCGCUGGCUGGUAUCCUGGAUUUUCCGCACAUCCAGCACGGCCGCUCCCGAUUUCUCCCUAUCCAGCCUCCAGCGCGACGUCCUUGAACAUUUUUCCAUCGUCCAACAAUUUACGCAUCAAGAAAUUCAGCGUGGUGCUCUCGGAGUGGAAAGUUUCGUCGCGGGAAUGUGGUUGCGCAGUUUGGCGAUUUUAUUACAGCGUCCGCUGGAUCGCAGUUUGCUCAGUUUAAUCUGGAUGCUGUUUGUGAAAAAUAUCCACCCGAUCGAUGAAAUUAUCGAAAAAUCUGCCGGGAAAUUAAACACGCAGUUGCAGAUUACGCAGGAUAAAGAGCGGAUUCGUUUUCGACGGUGUUUCGAUACCGUCCGACCUUUCGCUACGGAAAAUGAAUUUUCGAAGCAUCGAAUUUUAUCGGAAUGCCGGUUUUCCGCGGAUUCACUGGAGAACGAAAAAACCUGGAGUAUUUUGAAAAAAUCCCUGGAGAUUGGCGACAGCGAAGGUGUCUCCGACUUCCGGUUGAUUUUUAACAUGGAUUUAUCCGCGGUUUUUGUUAAAAAAACAAUCAGCGGAAAUGUCGGCGAUUUUAUGGAAAAAAUCACGGAAAAUUGCCGGUUUUUUCCGGAUGCGGUUCGCGAAAUGGUAGUUUAUUCGGUGUUUGAUUUAUCUAUGAAAUCCGUGGAAUUUGAUGUUGGAAAAAACGUGGCGGGUGAAAUUUUCACCGAGGAAUUUUCUUUACCAACGGAAAAUCGCAUUUUACACGAAAUCGUCAAAAAAUUCAUUUUCGGGAAUUCGGAAAAGGUCACGGUUGCGUUGAAAGAUGUGGACGGUGUGGUACAGCGAUUUGGGGAGUUGCGCAGUGUUUUUUGGAGAAAGCUGCAAUGCCGGCAGUUGAAGUUAUCGGAAAAAGAGCAAACUGAUUUUUUCCUGAAUUUCUGGAACGCCCGAUUGCGGACGGAAGCGACCCGUCCGCAAGAAUUAUGGAAAAUUCUGGCUAAUAACGGGAAUUUUGAAGGAGACGCCGGGAAGUUGGAGGAAAAUGUUUUGGUUUGUGUGGAGAUGUUGGUGGGGGAGAAUGAGCGGCGCAGCGAGCCGGCGGAUUGGAUCGCGUUGGGAAUUUGCGGGAUGAAGGUGUUCUCCCCGCCCACCGUGGAUCCCGUGCAGAAAGUACGGGUUAAACGGCAGUGUCUCGCGCAACAGGAGGAUGAUUGCCAAACGAGUCUGCACGUGGUGGAAGGUUAUUUCACGCGUUUAUACGGCUCCGCCGAUCCCGAAAAUUACGACCCGCUGCUCAGUCAGCCGUAUCACGCCCACCUGGCAUUCUGCCGGCAGAAAUUAGCCAAACUGCAAGCGCUACCGGAAGUCUACCGGCCCGGGAAUUCCACCUAUUUUGCGAUGGUGCAAGAUGCGGGUUACGUCCGUGAGAACUGCUUGAAGACCGGAAUUGAACUGUCCCGCGCGUUAGCGGAGAAAGAUGCCUCGAAGAGGAAACCAGUCGUCGAUCAGCUGGGUAGCUGGUUGCUCAGUGUGGUCGCGGUUGUGGACGAGCUGAAACGCAAGUAUUUGGUCUAUCGCGAUAUUCUCCUCCCGUUUCUCUCCAGUCUUCACCAGUUUAUUCACGGAUGGCGGUUAAUAUUCCACGACCUGCGAGAAGACAUUUUCCUGCAAGAAAGCGGAAUUUCGGACACCGUUCGCCAGACAAAACAAAAUCUUUCACCGCUGUCUUCCCCCGAUUUUAUUUCCCUGGCAAAACGCCUCUGGACAUCCCGAUUCGACAUCCUCCGAAUUUUCCGGCAUUCUCCCGGUGAAAUGGUCACCACCGAGUUAAAAUUAAUCCGUUUUAUCCUCCGUUUAAUCCAACUCCAUCAAAAAAUAUCCGGUUCCAGUUUAAUCGCGAAUAAAUUAACGGACGCCGUGAUGCGGCGUUUCGCGUUGAUCUGGAGCGAAAUUGAGGAGCAGAAAAAGCGGGAAGCCGUGGAAAAAGAGACGCUGUACACCUUCGCCGGGGAGACGGUCUUCCCGACGUAUCAAAAUGUUUUUGCCGAUGUUUAUAAAAAAUCCGAUGCGGAAACAGCGGGAAAUAAUCAACCGGAAAUUGCUGCGGAAAAUCGGAUAAUUUUGACGGAAAAUUUACGCAGUGAAUUGAUUGCAUUGCAUGCCGCGGUUGUUAACGAGACUGUGGAUGUUCCCACGCCGGAAUUGAUGAGAAUUUUGUGCGCGGAGGGGCUGGAGAUGGGAUUUCUGGUGGAAAAACAAGCCGCCGGGGAUGUGGAAUUUUCGGUGGAUUUUCUGGGAAUUUUGGUGGAAAUUCGGACGGUUUGUCGGAAUCUGGAUGAUGCGGAGGGAAGUGAUGGCGGGAAAAGGGAUUUUUAUCGCGGGGAGAAUAUCCCGGAGUCUCGGAAGUGUUUGCCGGUGUUGCGGGAUGUGGAGACGCGAGUGGCGGAAUUGUUGAAUGAAUGGCCAUCACAUCCUGUUCUUCUUGAGGCCUCCGUGGUAAUCCAGCGCAUCCUCUCGUUCCCGGUGACGGAACCCGUGGCCAAAUUCCUAGCCGGUCUGGAGCUCCUUGUGGACCGCUGCCAGCACUGGGAAGCCAAGGCGCACAGCGGCGUCAGUCUGCAGCCGCAGUUGGAGCAGAUCAGCCGGCUGGUGCUGGACUGGCGCCGGCUGGAGUUGGCGCAGUGGGCCACGGCGUUGGACGCCGUGCAGCGCGACGCCGCCCGCACCGCCUCCGGGUGGUGGCUGCAUCUCUUCACCUCCGUGCACCAGUUGCUGGCGCAGGGACAGAUGGAGCCGUUGCCGGCGUUGGUGGCGGCGCUGCAGCGCUGGAUGGAGGCGGGGAGUCUGGGGACGUUCGGCGCCGGGUUGGGGAUGUUGGAGACGAUGGAGCGGCAUUUUGCGCGGUUGCCGAGGGGCGGGAAUACCGCCGGCAGAGAUGUGGUGUGCUGCGUGUUGCGGAAUAUUCGCGGAUUUUACGGGCAAUUUUCCGGUGAUGUGGAGCAGCUGGUGAGCAGCCGACGCGCCGCCAUUGAGAAAGAAUUGAAGAAUUUCGUGAAGAUUGCCAGAUGGAGCGAUAUGAAUUAUUUCAGUCUGGAGCAGACGGUGAAAAAGUCCCACCGGAAGGUCAUGGAUCUCAUGCGCCAGUUUGCGAAUGUGCUGGAUGAACGCGUCAGUCUGGUGAAGCCCAGUGGGAAUUUCCCGGUGUUUGUUGCGCCCGAUUUGAACGUGGUUUUGCGUGGACUGAAGACAACUUCCGCCGCGGAUGUUCCGCCGACGCUGUUCGUUAAAAUCGCCAAUUUGCCGGCAUUGACACAGCGCAGCGCGGUGCUGGUGCGGCGCAUUUGCCGAAAACUGCCGCUGCAGACUGCCGCCGCGGCGGUUGCCGCCAUCGGAGACGAAGCGGCAGUGCGCUGGAAGGAACUGGAUGAGCCGGCGCUGCCGACCGAAAUGCCGGUGGAGAAGAAAAAAGCCGCGUUGAAAGCGCUGAUUCAGCGGCGUCGCUUGGCCUACACCGAUGUCAAGAAGCAGCUGCAGGAAAUCGGUGCGUCGUGGCGGAAAGGCAGCGGUAUCCAGAAAAGCCUGGAGGAUUUCACCGGCGCCCUGAGCGGCGUCAGUGUAGACGCAUCAUUAACCGCUCCGCGCGACGCCUGUCUGCAGCUGUUCCAGCGGGUGCUGGCGCAAAUGGCCGUCUUUCAACGUCAACUAGAGAAGCCAUUUCAAGGAAUUGCUGGUGAAGCCGGCUUGAUGAAGGGUCUCGUGCAGCAUCUGCACGCGCUCAUUCUGCAGCAGGCGCGGACGGCGGCGGAGUUGGCCGGGAAACUAACGCCGCUGGGCGGGUUUUUGCGGGGAGCGACGCGGCCGGCUGUCGAUCCGGCGUGGCCAGUGAUCGUGGGAAGGGAUUGUCUCCAGUUAUUGAAAAAAGCGCAGAACGUCGUGUGCCAAAUGCAAGUGGCGGCCAAGCAGUACCGACUGAUAUUGGACGCCGUUCCCGAAAAGCAGACGAACGCCGCCGUUCUGGAUUUGUUGUACACUAACAACAGCGAGCGGCCACUUAUUAUGGAGAAAAACACGGAGCAGUGGAAUGCAGCUGAGCAGCUGUUGAAGAAUAUUUUCUUGACUGUGGACGCACAUCGCAGCGUGAUUGUCCAGCAUUUAUCCACACUGCCGCCGCUGGGCGGUCCGACGGAAUGGGCGCUGAUCCAGGCCCUCCGCGCCGAUCUUCCCGGUCUCCGUCAAGCUUUUUCGUCGCUCCACCAGAAAUUAGGCUGCUUUCCCCACGGAGCGGCAUUGCUGCAGGAUCUGGAUGACUUUUCGGCGGAAUUAUCCUGCGGGAAUCCGUCGGCCGGGGGCGCGGAGCAGUGGGCGGAUCCGCUGGGAAAGCUGAUCGUCGCCGCGCUGAAGGGCGUCCAGAAUAUGCUGCCCACCACGAAACUCGGCGAUAAUUCGGAGGAAGGAUUAAAUAUUGGCGUCUUAACCGCGAACAUCGGACACUGGCAGAAUUUACUGAAUAUUGCCCGGGUUGGACAGCGGUUGGAUAAUUUCGUCACCGGCGCCAACCGCUCCGUAUGGGAUACCGCAUUAACCCAGCACAUUGCACUGGCGGAUGUCGUGGUGAAUAAUUACAGCGUGCUGGCCGGCGCCGUGCUGCGCGACGCCUUCGCCUUGAUGGCCGGCACGUCGCGGCUGCUCUUGCAUUUACUGGAACUCUUCGGCCAGAUUGCCACGCAGGGAUUCGGCAGUGGGGAAGUCCCGGAGGAAGAGGAGGGCGACGGGAAAGGCGAGAAAUUUGAGGAGACGGAGCAGGCCGGGCUCGGAGAGGGCGAGGGCACGAAGGAUGUCAGCCAGGAAAUCGAAUCCGAAGACCAGCUGGAAGACAGUCACGUCGCUGGCGAGAAAAAAGAACCGGAAGUGCCGUCGAACGCCCCGGCGGAAGAGGAGCACGGAGUCGAGAUGAGCGAGGAUUUCGACGCGGAGAUGGACGAUGUGCAGCGCGAAGAACAGGACGAAAUCAACGAAGACGACGAAGGCGAUGAAAAAGAUGAGGAUAAGCUGGAUCAGCAGAUGGGCGAUCUGGGCGAUGACGAGGAUAAUAUUGACAAUCUGGAUGAGGAGGUGUGGCGGGACGAUGCCGACGCCGAGGAGGAAGACGACGAAACGAAGGAUAAAAAGGAGACGGACGGGAAAGGCCAGGCGCAAGCCGAUCAGCAGGAAUUGGUUGCCAAAGACGACAAUCUCGUCCAAGGCGAAGAACAACAACAGGAAGAUAAUUCACCGAUGGAAACGGAAGCGGAGCCGACCGCUGAUCAAGAAAUGAACGAGCAGGACGUCCAAAAUGACGAGAAACCGACGGAAGAUCUCAUGCCGGAGAGUGUUGAUGAAAAUCCCGAGGAUGACGAUAUGGAUGGGGAGGAAGAAAAACUCCCGGAGGAUGGAGAAACGGUUCCGGAUGCGCCGGAAGCCGCGCCGGAUGAAGAAUUGCCCGGUGUCGCGGAAAUUGAGGAGAAAAUCGCGGAAAUGGAGGAAGAGCGGAAUAUGCAGCCGCCCGCGAGCGCCGCCGACAAUAAUGAAGCGCAGAGCACUGAGACCGGCACUGAGGGACACGGCCAGUCGCUCCUCGAUUUUCCCAAGGAGAAUCUCAACGAAGCCGAGCUGGAUAACGACGCCGAGAAUGAAGCCGGGACGCAGGGCGCGGCGCUGGACGCGUCGGGACGCGAAAAGGGUCCGCGUGGCGCCCAAUCGACACCGGCGGGUGUCAAAAAGAAGAAAAAUCAGCCGAAGAAAAAAUCCGCGGAGCCGGAAAAACGGACGCUGGGCGAUCCCAGCCAAGCGGCGCGCAAACGCCGGCGCAUCGUGGAGAACAGCGGCACCGCCGUCGACGAGCUGAAAGAGCAAGCGGAGGCCGAUGCGUACGAACACGUCGCCUCCGAAAGCGAGCAAUUCGACGCGCAGGCCGUCGAUGUCGGCAGUCGCGACGAGGCGCUGCAGCAGAAACUGGACGGGAUGCAGCUGGACGGGGACGACGAGGAGGACGUCCCGGAGGAAACUAUGGAAGAUGAGGACGAAGAAACGUCGACGAAUGAGGCGCCGCUGAAGGAGGCGGAGAAGCUGAAAUCCGCCGGGAAAAAGGAGAAAAAUUCCCGGGAAAAAGCCGCGGAAUUAAUGGGUGAGGGGGAGCGCGUGGAGACGGACGGGGAGUUUGUGCGGACCACCGGCGCCGAGCAGCCGGCCGAGUCCUUCUUCCACACGCAGCGCGAGUACCUUCAACGCCACAUCCUCACCGAGGAGGAAGCGGAGAAAUUGCGAAAAGAAUUAGCCGAGCAGACCAGCGCCUUAAUAAAUUCACCGCAAGCAAUUUUAAGCGCCGAACAGCGUCAAACCGGCAUGGAAUUGUGGCGGAAAUACGAAGCGUUGACGGCCGGUCUGGCGUACGAAUUAUGCGAGCAGCUGCGACUGGUGCUGGAGCCGACGAAAAAAGCCAAAAUGCGCGGCGAUUAUCGAAGUGGAAAACGACUGAAUAUGCGGCGCGUGAUCGCCUACGUCGCCAGUGAAUUUCGCAAGGACAAGAUCUGGCUGCGGCGCAGUCUACCCAGUCAGCGCCAGUACCAGGUGCUGCUGGCCGUCGAUGAUUCGGCCAGCAUGGCCGACAACCGCACCAAAGAGUUGGCGUUCGAGUCGGUGGCGGUGAUCCGGCAGGCGCUGUCCCUCCUGCAGGUGGGCGAGGUGGGCGUGUGCCGUUUCGGACAGGGCGUGGAGAUGCUGCAGCCCCUGGGCGGGGGCGCCGGCGGCAGCAGCGAGGACGCCGCGGCCAUGCUCUGCCGCUUCACCUUCGCGCAGAAACGCACCAAUGUCCCGCUGAUGUUGGAGUCGGUGGCGGGGGUGUUCCAGGAGGCGCGGACGCGACUGCUGACGGUGUCGAGUGUGGCGCAGCUGCUGCUGAUCGUGUCGGACGGCCGCGGCGUCUUCCAGGACGGCGACGAGCGGAUUGAGCGCGCCGUGCGCAGCGUCGUCAGCGCCGGCGUCUUCGUCGUCUUCCUCAUCCUCGACAAUCCCGCGCCCGACGACACCCAACCGAAUGGUGGUUCGAUCGUGGAUCAUAAGCAGGUCAUCCUGCACGACAAGGGACUGCCGACGCAGCGCGUGGAGUUGCGCAACUACAUGCAGUGCUUCCCGUUCCCUUUUUAUCUGGUUUUACGCAGCGUCCGCCAACUGCCCAACACGCUGUGCGACGCGCUGCGCCAGUGGUUCGAGCUUAUCGCCGCGCAGGAUUAAUUCAGCAAAAAAUGCCGGCAAUAAAUGAUUUUUUUUUAAUAAACGACACUUGUUUUUCCGGUCUUUCGUUUGUUUGUUGAAUUUGUUAUUGAUUUUACCGCUGGAGCCUUCUUAAAUGUUUGUGAUGAUUUUAGACGGAUAAUUAAUUUUCUGGGAAUAACAUAACA